AUGAGGGAGUUGGGUUUACACUCUUAUGGUCAAGUUCUUAAACCUGUGAAUGGUUUGAUGUGUGUUGUUGAUAAGGAUAAUAAUGCUAUAUGCGUACGCAAUAUCACUACUGGUGAAGCAACAUCAUGGAUUCAAACAACUAUAGAUGUCGAACGGACUGAAGGGUACAAGCUGCUACAGAAAUUUAAAAUUUAUGAAUUUGGAUGUGAUCCGACCACAAUGGAACACAAAGUCAUAUGCAUCUUGAGUAUGUGUAAAACACAAAGUUGCACUCAGUACGAAGUUUGUGAGGUCUUGACGGUAUGCGAUAAUACGUGGACAAGGAUCAAUGCUGUUCCCGGCCUACCUUAUGAUUAUAACCUUAAAGAGUCUGUUAAUGUGAAUGGUGUUAUAUAUUGGUUCACUUGUAAAUAUCUGGGCAACUCCAACAAGCAUGAAUAUCCAUCUUUCAUACUGGCAUUCGAUGUUGGAAAAGAGAAGUUCAGAAAGAUUACAUUACCUAAUUCCUACCUGGAUAAGCCGUGUGAUCAUAUCUUGUACUUCUGUUGUUCUACCUUAUUACAAGUGGAUGGGCAUGUUGCCCUAAUGCGUAGACAGAGUGAUCGAACUGUCAAGUUAUGGCUAUUAAAUGAUAAAAACAAGGAGAGUGGAACUAAAUCUGGUACUGACACCAAUUGGUAUGCGGAUACUAUCACAUUACCGUCGGAUAUAAGUUGGGAUGAAAAGAGCAGACCUCAAUUUUACAGUGUUGAGGGAACAGACCGUAUAAUAAUAGAGACCAAUAAAGAUUAUUAUAGACAUGUUUGUCAUGCUUCUCUGCAUUCUUAUAAUUGGAAGAAAAGGAGUUUCGGUGAGGUUAAAUUCAAUGGGAUGCCCUACUCAGUUCCAUGUUGCUCCAGUAUUAAUCAUUUCAGAACAUUCAGCGAAAGCCUUUUGCCUGUUCAGAAGAAGCUAAGACAAAGUACCACCUUGCAACUUGGAUAG